AUGGCUGGGUCACCCAAGGUUACUCCCAGAAUCCACGGCGGCCUGCAGGGAGCUGCUUGGGAGCCCCUUGUGCCCAGGGGUGUCUGUGAUGCCUCCCAGGAGGCCUUCAUCUCGGCCAGCCUCAGCAUGCUGGCCUCCUCGGAGGGCCACCCGCUGCCUCCCUCCAGCCCAGAGUGGGUGGCCAGGCUGGGGCCCUCCCUGCCUUACGGCCGGGCCCCAGCCGACCCGGGGGAGGCCGGUCCCCAGCCAGGCUGGAAGAAUCCUCACGUGUCGAACGUGACGGUGCAAUUGGAGAUGAAGAGUCUGUGGGAGGAAUUCAACCAGCUGGGCACCGAGAUGAUCGUCACCAAGGCGGGAAGAUACGCCUUCCACAGCUCCACGUGGCUGGUGGCGGGGAAGGCGGACCCGGCCACGCCUGGCAGGAUGCACUUCCACCCGGACUCGCCGGCCAAGGGGGCCCAGUGGAUGCGCCAGAUCGUCUCCUUCGACAAGCUGAAGCUCACCAACAACCUGCUCGAUGACAACGGCCACAUCAUUCUGAACUCCAUGCACCGCUACCAGCCCCGAUUCCACGUGGUGUUUGUGGACCCGCGCAAGGACAGCGAGCGCUACGCGCAGGAGAACUUCAAGUCCUUCGUCUUCUCCGAGACUCAGUUUACAGCGGUGACAGCCUACCAGAACCACAGGAUCACUCAGCUAAAGAUCGCCAGCAACCCGUUUGCCAAGGGCUUCCGAGAGUGUGACCCGGACACCUGGCCCAGGGCCUCGAGGCCCAUGCUCGGCCCCAUGCCCGGACGCAGCCAGAGCAGCCUGGCACCGCUGUUGAAGAAGGACCAGCAGAAGGAGCAAGGUGUGGACAAAGCUGGCCAGAGCUUCCAGCCCAGAUUCUCCACCUCCGCCUCCGCCUCCAGGAUGGCCUCCCAGCUCCACCACCACUCCGGGCUGUCCAGAGGGAUCUCUGGGGCCCCUCGGCCCAGCCCUGCCCGCCUGCCCCCAGAGGUCCUUCUGGCGGCCCCCAGCUACGGGCCUGUCUCCUACCCCGGCCUCUACGUGGGCGCCUCGGCCAGGGCGCGCUCCGCCCCGUACCCUCUCCCCGAGGCCAAGGCCGGGGGAAGCCAGGGCACCCUCCAUCUGCAGCCUCCCCCGAGCGUCCUGGGCCUCCUGACGCAGGGCCGGAGCCAGAACGCAGAGUGA